GUAACAAUGAAUCGUUUAGUUUCAUUACAAUGUAAUAAUGUACAGUGUACGUUUGACUUUCGUCCGCGCAAUGCCAGAAUGCCUGUGUUUUCUGUGCCCCUUAAAAGUAUUAUCAUCAAGCUGCUGUUGCUGUGUUUCACAAAUUAUUCAAUUGAAGGUAUACCAAUAAGUAACGGAUUUAGCCUUAAAUUCAAUCCCAUAUCUCACAAGGAACCAAUCAAGCCAAGAUCUUUUGGUGCAUUAUUUGCGAAAAUACCUCAAGAACUUCCACGUUCCGUGCACAGUAACCAGGAACUAUCUGAGGCUGUUUUCGCACAUCCAGCUAAUUUGGCGGACGGAUGUACAAAUCAGGUUGCAAAAAUGGUAUAUCCCAAAAGUGUUGCGAAAUAUGUCAACGAAACACAAACACCGGAGACUGUGAACUUUAUAAAUUUACCUAUUAUAAGUCAACAUGCGGAAUCAUAUAAUGUUUUAGUUGCAACUGCUCCUAAAAAUAUCAGAAUAGGCCAGAAAAGGGACGCCUUGCCGACAGUACUUUACGUUGUCUUCCCAGGAGACGGGGAAUCAAAUGAAACGAGUAACAUGAACUUACCAGCGAUAUACUUUGUUAAUAAGGAUGACGAUAAAGGUGAAGUAACGAAAAAAGAAAAACUCGAACCGAUUUUUAUAAUAGAUAGUAACCGUACAGUGACUGGUCUUAAAAGUAAAGAAGUGUCUAAGUUUGUUAGAUUUAAAAAUAAAUUGCGAAAUCUAUAUGAUAAUACUACACCACGUACCUAAUUGUAGUUUGAAAUAAAAUAGAACUGUUAACAUAUUUAUUUUAUAAUUUUAUUAUUUCUAUUAUGCAAAUUUUAUA